AACAUUGUAAAAAUAAAAAUAUCAAGAAACAGCAUUAAAUGCAUUCAUAACCUUUAGUCAGCAAGCACUACAAGAAAGAGAAUGAGAGCGAAUCGUGGUCUCUGGUUUCUGCACAAGAUUUAUAUUAUUUUAAUCUUCUUUCUUCUUCUUCUUCACGUAAAUCCACACAAUAACAAAGAUAAUAACUUUACUUUUGUCUUCUUGAAAAGUAAAACUCUUUCUCGAUUACUAAAAGAUUCCACCUAGAAGAAGAAGAAGAAGAAGAAGAGCUUGCUUCUGUAUCCAGAGAGAGAGACUCAUUUCUCAUUUAGUUAAGCUAUGUCGAUGUUCUUCAAAGCCCUAGGCUUUAUGUUCGUUUUUUUGUGCUUCGAGGUUCAUGGAACCAUGGCUACAGAUGUUAACUCCUCCUUUUCAUUUGAUGGGUUCGCAAAGUCUCCGAGCUUUGACAAGGAUGUUUCUCUGUUCGGAGAUUCGAAGCUUGUCAGUUCCAUUUCUUCGAUUCAGCUGACUGAGUCAGUGAGUGGAAGCGUGGGAGGAGUCGUUUACAAGAAACCCAUCAAGCUUCUCCGAGGUAAAGAGAGGAGGAGGAGGAACUCGUUAUCUUUCUCGAGUUACUUCUCAUUCUCGAUGCCUAACGAGAUUGGUGAUGUACUGAGUUUUGUAAUGGUUCCGACCAGUUUUGAUCUUGGACUGUUCGGUAAGAGAGAUAACAGCUCCUCCUCUGCUUUAGGGUUUCUGUUUGAAUACGCAAAGAACGAGACAGUUGUUGGUUUUGAGUUUGAUGUUUCCAGUGGAGGAAACCGUGCAAGAAUCUUGAUAGGUUCUCAAAUUAGAAACCUUUCUUUUGAGGGUGACUUGAUGAUGGUCAAUGGAGGGAGGCUGAGCUGUAUGGUUGAGUAUGAGGCGAGUUCUAAGAGAAUGAUGGUUCGGUUCAGAAAAUCUGGUUCGGUAAAGAUGUAUGAUCCAUUCUUCUCUUUCUCCGUGGACUUGGAGGAGCUUUGGUAUGGUGGUGAGUUCAUGGUGGGGUUAAGCUCUACGAACGGGAACUCUUCGAAUGCACAUUUUCUCCAUUCAUGGGGGUUUGAGAUAAGGCAUCCUCCUCCGACGUGGAUGCAUUCAGAGCCGCUUCAACCGUAUGAAGGUGUGGAGGCUGACAGUUCAAGGGAGGAGGAAGAGGGUGUGGAGAGAAACGAGUGUGUUUGGAGGAUGCUUGGUGUUUUGGUCUUGGGUGCAGUGUGUGGAGCCUUGGGAGCAGUGUUGGCUUUGUGUAUCUGGACGAUAUGCGGUGGUGCGAGGCGGUCAGUGGUGGUGGUUCCAGAGGAAUGUCCUGUGAAAGCUGUGAGUGCUAUUGAAGAAGGCAAGAAGUAGUGAGGAGUUUGGUUUGGUUUUUGAAAGUUGUCUUAUGUUGGAAGUGUAAAUGUAGUGUCUUCUUCUUCUUCCUAGUUCUGUUUCAUCUUCUUUAGUGACUCUUCUGUGUUUUAGGUUUGGACUUGAAUCAAUUUCAAAUGUAAAACCACCAUGAAAAGAAGACAUAAGAUUAUUUGAUCUUGCAACAUUUAACCAGUUCUUGUUGCUA